CUCACCCCACCCCGGUCCACUCACACCACACCAACAUACAUCACCACAUCACCACAACAAAAGUAGUAAGUCUCAAAUCGAAUCGACAGACACCUGUCACCUGUAUGUCUAUCGGAUAGCACCCAGCCGGCCGCCCCGCCGCAUCAUGACGCCCAGGUGUACUUGUGUAGGACGACGUGUCUGUAGGGGUCGUCCACCGACCCGUCGCUCUCAACCUUUUCUGCCAGGAACACCGCACUCUCAUCCUGACCACCACACCAUUAAUUACAUUAUGUACACCAAUCGCAACCCAGAGCAUCCAAGACGGCGACAGCAAGCUGUGUACCUCUGACGGGUCGACGAGGGGGUUCUCCCGGUACUCUGGAGGAAUGGAGACCGCCUCACUCACCAAACCAAGCCGCUCCAUCCUGACACACAACACACCACACCAGACAGACAGACAGACAGACAGACAGAGAGACAGACGUAUGUGACACAGCACCUCUCCCUGUGGGCACCCACGUUCACUCACUGUGCUGUGAAGGUGUCGGCGCCCUCCCGGUCACUUCUGCUGGCGCACAGGAAGACCCCCUGCGGCCGGGCGAGCAGCCGCGACACGGCCACCGCCAGCCGCCCCCCAGCCUUGUCAUGGUACACCAGGUCAGCCCCCAAGAUCACGUCAAAUGAUGCCGUGUCGCCCUGUGGCCAUGUGGCGGAGUCGCCCCAGUCUAGACGGGCCACGCUCAUCUCCACGCUCUCGUGUUGGUUCAUCUGGACGUUGUGCUGGAGGUUCUCUGUGGCGGCUUGGAGGCUGUCUGUGAGCAGCACUGAUGAGGGCGGAGGUGUGGAGUAGUGCGCGCAGGCCAGGCCCUCGAGGCCGCAGCCCGCACCCAACACCAGCACUCUCUUGCCGCCGAAGAAUCCCUGUGUGAUGUCAUGUGACAGGCAGGCAUCACAUCACAUCAACCGAAAUUUAUGCGUGUGACUGUUUACUCACCUGUUUGCCCAGGUCGGCCACCCACUGUGCGAGGAUGACGCCCGAGCCCCACAGGCAGACGCCCGUCGUGUCCGCGCCACUGUCUGUGUCGAAGGUCUGCACACAACCGAGGCCCACCUCCCUCAGACUCAACACACGGCCAUCAUCACCACGGCCGAGCCGUAUCCGAUAGGUCACGUCCUGCGCAGCGCGGCCUUGGCUUGGUGCCUGUGGGUCCUCGUCUGCCUCUGCGAUGGUGUCAUCCGUCGCCUGCUGUGUGAUGGUCUUCUCUAGGUCGGCGGCCGACUUGUGCUGCAGCAGCGCCUUGACCGUCUCAGGGUCACCACCUGCAACCAAUCGUGAAAGCCCGGGACACAUACACACACACACACCACUGGGAGAGGUGCGUUGGCUGACCUGAGAAGCCCUCAGACAGUGCACCUCUCCCGAACUCAUUCAGGGCGAGCACAUCCAAAUCGGUCACAUAGGUCGUCAGCAGCCGAACCACGGUGUGGUGUUUGUUCUGCGCCGCCCAGUGAAGGGGCAUGUUGCCCGCCUCGUUGGCCAAAUGAGCGGCAUUGGCCUCCUUGAGCAGAUACUCGACAACGUCUGCGUGCCCGUUGGCGGCCGCCUUGUGGAGGGCGGUGUUGCCGUGGCCGUCCCUAUGAUUGACGUCCAUGCCUCGGCGAAUGUAUGCUUUCAACUCAUCGAUCUCGCCAUAUCUGGCGCACUCGAGCAUGUCGGCCAGCUCCUCCUCGCUGAAUGACGCCAUGAGACAGGCAGACUUGUGAGUGAUGACAGACAGGGGGGGCAGCUGAGCUGCAGAUCGAAACAUCCAUGGGGACCGACCGCAUCACACAGCUCAUCGUACAUCAUCUCGUUCGUUGAGUUUUUGUGUUUGGAGCUUUUUACUGACCUGAUCUGACCGGCUUGUCGUGUGGCGAAGCAAACUCGCCUCACAGAGAGAGCGGUUUCAUGGAAUGUCCAAACUCGCCUCACAAGUAUGCGAGCUCAGAAUGCGAGCUUAGACGAGAGAUGCGUCAUUCGUUCUCGAAAGCAACGAAGGCUGCUUGGCUUGGGAAGAAGGCAGAGUUCACUGUAUACAGCUCGGGGCUUUUGAGAUCCAUUCGAGCUCUCGCUCAGCCUCGCCCACAGAAGAGUGUGUUGGUCAUCCUGUGGCGUUCUCGGGGGUCUUAUCGGCGUGAGCACAGCCACCCGCUCGGCCCAGCAACCCUUCAU